GGCAGCCUCUGGGGCGGCGGAGGAGCUGAACCGCGGGCGGCGCAGGAACUCCAGUGGCAGGCCCAGCGGAGCUGGAGACCUGGGAGAGCCCGGUGCGGGUGCGCCCGCCAGGCCGCUGGGUGGGCUUGCCGCGAACCACACCUCGCUGGAAGCCCUGAGAGGCUUAAUUUUUCUUGUCUUCCAAAAAAAAUGGCAGAACCAUCAUCAGAGCCUUCUGGGCACCUUGUUGUACAUUCAGACACUCACAGUAACACUGUCCUGGCCAGUUUUGAGGACCAGAGGAAGAAAGGCUUUCUCUGUGACAUUACUUUAAUUGUGGAGAAUGUGCAUUUCCGGGCCCAUAAAGCCUUACUGGCUGCUAGUAGCGAAUACUUCUCCAUGAUGUUUGCUGAAGAGGGGGAGAUCGGCCAGUCCACUUAUAUGCUGGAAGGCAUGGUAGCCGACACAUUUGGUAUCCUGCUGGAGUUCAUCUACACAGGUUGUCUCCAGGCCAGUGAGAAAAGUACAGAACAAAUCCUGGCUACUGCUCACUUCUUAAAAGUCUACGACCUGGUAAAGGCAUAUACAGACUUUCAAAUUAAUCAUAGUUCCCCAAAGCCCACAACUUUGAAUACGCCUGGUGCUCCAGUGGUUGUUAUUUCUAAUAAGAAAAAUGAUCCGCCGAAGCGGAAACGAGGAAGACCAAGAAAAGUCAACAGUUUGCAGGAGGGGAGAUCAGAACUGGCUGCAGAGGAAGAAAUACAGCUGAGAGUAAACAAGUCAGUUCAGAACAGACAAAACUUUGUGGUUAAAGAGGUAGAGAAUGGUAUACUGAAUGAACAGACUGCAGCAAAAGAAAUGGAAGAAUCUGAGCCUGCUUGUGAACUAGGUAGAGGGGAGGGAAGCCCCGCUGGAAAGGACGAGAACUGUGAUCCUAAGAUUCAGGAUGGACAGGACCACCAGACUCGGUAUAGCAAGCGGAGGAUUCAGAGAUCCAUCAAACUUAAAGAUUACAAACUUGUUGGGGAUGAAGAAGACCAGGGUUCAGGCAAGAGGGUCUGUAGGAGAAAGCGUUCAGUUGGCCCUGAGGCCCGUUGUAAAGACUGCGGCAAAGUCUUCAAGUACAAUCAUUUUUUAGCAAUCCAUCAGAGGAGCCACACGGGUAAUUACGCUUUCACAGCUUCCUGGAAUGUGUUUUGCAGUAGUAAUGGGGAGCGACCUUUCAAAUGUAAUGAAUGUGGAAAAGGCUUUACCCAGAAGCACUCCCUGCAGGUCCACACCCGGAUACACACAGGAGAACGGCCAUAUACAUGCACCGUGUGCAGCAAGGCUCUCACCACCAAGCACUCACUGCUGGAGCACAUGAGCCUGCACUCAGGACAGAAGUCUUUUACCUGUGAUCAGUGUGGAAAAUAUUUCAGCCAGAAAAGACAACUAAAGAGCCAUUACCGAGUUCAUACAGGCCACUCAUUACCGGAAUGCAGCCACUGCCAUCGCAAAUUCAUGGACGUGUCUCAGCUAAAGAAACACCUCCGAACACACACAGGUGAGAAGCCAUUCACGUGUGAAAUCUGUGGCAAAUCUUUCACAGCAAAGAGUUCUCUUCAGACCCACAUCAGAAUCCAUCGAGGAGAAAAGCCAUACUCCUGUGGCAUAUGUGGCAAAUCCUUCUCUGACUCCAGUGCCAAGAGGAGACACUGCAUUCUACACACCGGCAAAAAGCCUUUUUCCUGCCCCGAGUGUAACUUACAGUUUGCUCGCUUAGACAACUUGAAGGCUCACUUGAAAAUCCAUAGUAAAGAGAAACAUGCGGCAGAUGCCAGCAGUGUUUCCAGCAACAGUAAUACUGAAGAGGUCAGGAAUAUUCUUCAGCUGCAGCCAUAUCAGCUCUCUACCUCCGGAGAGCAGGAAAUCCAGCUUCUGGUAACCGACUCUGUACAUAACAUCAAUUUCAUGCCUGGUCCUAGCCAAGGAAUCAGCAUCGUUGCUGCAGAGAGCUCCCAGAAUAUGACUGCAGACCAGGCUGCUAAUCUCACGCUGCUCACACAACAGCCAGAACAACUGCAGAAUUUGAUUCUUUCAGCUCAACAGGAUCAAACAGAACACAUUCAGAGCCUCAAUGUGAUUGAAAGCCAGAUGGAACCCUCGCAGAGUGAGCCUGUGCACGUGAUCGCCCUCUCCAAGGAGACCCUGGAGCAUCUGCACGCCCAUCAUGAGCAAACAGGGGAGCUCCAUUUAACAAGUGCUGCACAUCCGGCCCAGCACCUGCAGCUGACACAGGAGUCUGCUCCACCCCCACCCAGCCACCAUGUGCCCCAGCCCACACCGCUGAGCCAGGAGCAGAGCUGACCCGGAAACAUGUUUGAAUGCUCUACCAGUCCCUUCUCCAUAAACCACCUGUAACCGAGUUGUGUGCUUGAAGUCAGGCUUCCUAAAAUGCUCACUUAUAGAUCCUUACAGAGAUGUGAUAACUAGCCGACAGUCAUAAUGCUUUCCAUCCAGGCAGGAAGAUGCAAGAUACAUGUAUCACGUCCUGUACAUAGUACUGAUGGGGAUUUAGCAUUUCACUGUCUUUGUGUGGGGGUAUUGAUUUGGACUUUUCCGUAAGUACUAAAUAUUCACAGCCACAGGUUAUGAUCUUGUUGACUUUCUCAGUUACAGUUUUUAGUUUUUCAGACAAAGGAAGUCAUAGGUUGAAUUGGGUAGAAUGGCUAGUUCCACUUCCUCAUUUCUCAUCGGCAGCACAUUUGCCUCCACAAGUUAGACCUGCAGUGAUGUUUGAUCUUCAUGAUAACAUUUGAGCUUUCUUAAUUGCCCUGGAAUAAAAAUAUAAUUAGUAUAAUUUGUGUUAAAAAUACUCUGCUGAAUUCUAAUUGACCUCCAAAGAUGGUGAUCUGUGUAUUAUGACUGAUAACUUUCUGGAGAUAGGAACCUGUAAGCCGUUUUUAUUGCAAAGCAGGUUAAAUCCCACAAAAUGGACACACUAUUUUUAAAAGUAAAUAUUUUCUCAUAAUCUUAAAAUCUUCAAGCCUCAGAGAAUUAGUAGCCAGUAUGUGUCUAUUACUACCAUACAAUUUUAGGUAACAAGAUUAAAUGAUGUUUUGUUUAGGUUUUUUGAGCCCGGCGUAUUUUAUUUUAUUGAGUACUUUAACUGCUUUCUCUCAAGAAAACUGGUAGAGAACUUUUCAGAAAAGAUGGUGGGCACUGCUACGUGUAAAUUAACACCGCCGGUGGAGAGGAGGGCUUAUCUGUCCUAAAGUUAACAGGAUCAUCACAUCAGCUACUUGUUUUCUUGUUUUAGAUGUCUUUGAUUUCCACCAGAAUCACAUUAAGUUUGGGAUUGAAAGUAACACAUAAUGGUUCAGGUUUGAGAGAAGAUGAAACCAGCUUUCUAACAUAUUUGCCAAAAUAUAUUUUGUUGUAUAUAAUUCACAAAAUUUCCAAAAUGAUUUAUCUUAGAUGUAUCAACCAAAGUAAUGUUAAAUCAGAUGUGACUAGAGCAAAAGUGUGAUUUUUGCAGAUACAGUUAUGCCUUAAAUAUUAUUUCAGGUUCUUGCCUUAGUCAUUUAAACUAUUUACUUAAACCUUAUUCUUAAAAUGCAAAGCUUUUCCCAGCUUUUCAAAGCCUACUGGCCCACAUUUCUCCUGGAUAUAAAUAGUAUUCCACUAUUGGGUUGGCCAAAAAGUUCAUUUUUUCCAUACAGUGGCUCUACUAGUACUUAGUCUUAACCUCAUUGAAAGCAAUUUUGUUCGAUUGUAUUGUGAUAGCUGUCAUAUCAGUGUGCGUUAAAAAAAAAACCAAAAUUGGUAAAUUUUUGUACAGCCAUUUUAAUAGUGAAGAUAUUAGAAAAUAUGCAACAUUUUCAGCUUAUUAAUGCUUUUUUAUUUAAAGGUUAAAAUGCAACUGAAAUGCAAAAAGAUUGUGCAAUAUAUGGAGAAGGUGCUGUGACUGAUCAAAUGUGUGAAAAGUGAUUUGUGAAGUUUCUUGAUACUACUGAUAUUUUGGCCAAAUAAUUCUUUUCUGUCGGGCUGUCUUACACAUUGGAAGAUACUUAGCAGUGCCCCUGGCUUCUAGCCACAGAAGCCAAUAGUGGGAGAUGGCUGACACCUCAAAACAUCCAAAUGAAUAAAGUUAUCAGUGAAAAUGAAAAAUGUCUCUUUUUGGAAAAAACUAAACUAAACCAAAGCUUUUUGGCCAACCCAAUAAAUGAAUUUUUAACUCACUCUACUCAAUUAUUCAGGAGUAUAAUCAGUCACAUGACUGUAAGUCGCGUUUAGCUUUACGACAGUCUACCUCUGUGCUAAGAGAAAUCUAAUGUGAACCCCAUGUGUAAUUUUAAAUUUUAGUAGCCAUAAUUUUAAAGAGGGGAAUGAAAUUAAGUUCAAUAAAACAGUUUAUUUAACCCAACCUUUGCAAAAUAGUAUCAUUUCAGUAUGUAAUCAAUAUAAGAAUGUAUUAAGAUAUUUUACAUCAUUUUUUGCAUAUUGUCGAAAUCUAGUGUGUCUUAUAUGCUACUGACACUCAGUUUGGAUGCUAAUGUUUAUUGGACAUGGUUGAUCUGUAUUUAGAGUUCAUGCAACUUACAGUUGACACUAUAUAUUCAGGUAGUUGAGGACAUACCUUUUUUCCCAAUAACUGAAAUGAGUGUUGGUUUCUAAAAUAUAUUAAAAUUAAUUAAAA